ACGUUUCCUUUUCUUUUAUUUUAUCCUCUUUCAAAAAUUGUUAUUGCAUGGAUUUUUUUAUGUGGUUUUAAGACAGAACACCACUCCACUUCUUGAAGGGUCUUUCUUCCCAGCCUUGAGGAGAAAAAUCUAUCUUUCCUUUUUCUUCUUUUUUUUUUUUUUCAGUUUUUCUUCACUUUGCUACUCUUCAUUCUCAGCUCAGGAAAUUACUUAAACAUGGGGAACCCAAUUCUCUGGAUGGCUGCCUUUUGUUUAUGGGCUUUGACAUGCUCAUUUCUUCCUGCUAGCUCUAAUGGCCUAAUGAAAAUAAGUUUGAAGAAGCGUCCUCUGGAUCUUGAUAGCAUCAAUGCUGCCAGAACUGCAAGACAGGAAAGAAAAACCAGAAUUGCUGCAAGUAGCAUGCUUCACAGUCCUGAUCCUGAUAUGAUACCUCUCAAAAACUAUUUGGAUACCCAAUACUUUGGAGAAAUUAGUAUCGGUUCCCCCCCACAGACUUUCACUGUCAUAUUUGAUACUGGGAGUUCCAAUCUUUGGAUUCCAUCAGCAAAAUGCUACUUUUCUCUUGCCUGCUACUUCCAUUCUAGGUACAAGUCAAGUCGGUCCACUACAUAUAUCAGGAAUGGAACAACUUGCAAAAUACGUUAUGGAACUGGAUCAAUUGUUGGUUUCUUCAGUCAAGAUACUGUUGAAGUUGGAAAUCUUGUCGUAAGAAAUCAAGUUUUCAUCGAGGCGACGCGAGAAGGAAGCCUUACAUUUGUCUUGGCAAAAUUUGAUGGAAUAUUUGGGCUUGGAUUUCAGGAAAUCUCAGUUGGGGAUGCUGUUCCAGUGUGGUACAAUAUGGUGCAGCAAGGUCUUGUAGGUGAUCCAGUCUUUUCGUUCUGGCUCAACAAUGAUCCAGACGCCAAAGAGGGCGGUGAGCUUGUUUUCGGCGGUGUUGAUGAGAAACACUACAGGGGAAAACAUACCUAUGUUCCAGUUACCCAAAAAGGUUACUGGCAGUUCAAUAUGGGAGAUUUUAUAAUCGGGAACCACUCAACAGGUGUUUGUGCGGGGGGUUGUGCUGCAAUUGUAGAUUCAGGAACAUCCUUGCUUGCUGGUCCGACACCAAUUGUGGCUGAAAUUAAUCAUGCCAUUGGAGCUGAAGGGAUUGUAAGUGCUGAGUGCAAGGAAGUGGUUUCACAGUAUGGAAACUUAAUAUGGGAUCUAUUAAUAUCAGGGGUACAACCCGGCAAAGUAUGUUCACAGCUUGGUUUAUGCACUUUCAGAGGAGAUCGAUAUGAAAGCAAUGUAAUUGAAUCGGUAGUUGAGGAGGAAAACAUGGAGGGAUCAUCAGUCGGGGACGAUGUUCUGUGCACCGCCUGCGAGAUGCUUGUCAUUUGGGUCCAGAAUCAACUAAAACAUAAGCAAACAAAGGAAGCAGCACUCGAAUAUGUGAAUAAGUUGUGUGAGAGCCUGCCAAGUCCAAUGGGAGAAUCGAUAAUUGAUUGUGCUAGCACUACAGGCAUGCCAAACAUUAUCUUUACCAUAGGAGAUAAACAAUUCCAGCUCACUCCAGAGCAGUACAUUCUCAAAACUGGAGAAGGUAUUGCUUCAGUUUGUAUCAGUGGAUUUAUGGCCUUAGAUGUGCCUCCUCCAAGAGGUCCUCUCUGGAUUCUUGGAGAUGUGUUUAUGAGAGUGUAUCACACAGUAUUCGACUUCGGUGAUCUCCAAGUGGGUUUCGCUGAGGCUGCUUGAUGCUCCUUCGCUUAGAUUAUAUAUUUUAUUGUAGUGCUUCCGUGCCAAGAUUUGUAGUUUUAAUGACACAGGAUAAUGGAUUGUGAAAAAGCUUCAGGAGUUCAUCCUUGCUUAUUCGUUUUAUGUCAAUGCAUAGGCAAUCAAAUGGUAAUAGUAUAGUACUGUAAAUUGUGCUUAAUAGAUGCCCAAUGGAGAAGCUCCUACUGUCACGUGAGUUUUGUUA